CUCACCCCACUCACCCUCGCUCCAAGAGAACGGCUGAAAUCUCUCAGCUCUGAGCCAUCUCCGGCCACCCUCUCCUCCACCAUCUUCUUCCUCCGUCUCCCUCACUCCCCGGCCACGCUAUCUCGCCGGAAUCUCCACCAUCCUCUUCCUCAGCCACGAGCUCCUUUAUGUUCUGGAGUUUAACAAUUCAGUAAGGACGUGGGAGAAAGGAAAAUCCCAAGGGCGGCAGCCAUGUCUUUCAUGAAGGGAGAUUUGCUUACGAAAACCAGAAAGCUUGUCAAGGGUUUGGCCAUGGCGGAGCCUCGUUGGCUCAAAGCAAUGGAACAGGCACCACCUCCAACAUUUCCUCGUAGUGACGGUAAAGUAAAGACAAUCACUCUCCCAGAAGAUGUUUAUACCAACAAGUUCUACAAGAAACAUCCAGAUUCCAAACACGAAGAAGCCUUCAAUUUUUGUAGUUUCGAUCCACCUCCGGCUCGUUUAUUUGGUUGGCGUAUUCUGGAGUUGAAGGAGCAAGGAGUUAGUGAGGAUGCAGCAAUGGCAAUUGCAGAUAUGGAGUAUCUGUCAGAGAAGAAGGCUAAGAAGAAGGCUUACGCUAGGUUGAAGCAAAUUUCGCGUAUCCAAGGGAAGAAGCCACCUCCUAAUCCAUACCCAAGUGCCAUCAAAGAGAUACAAGCUGAGGAAAAAAAAUAUGUUCAUGACAGAUUCUUUAACCCCAAAAUUAAAGAAGCAGUGAGGCAACUGAAAGAGGAAAGAGCAGAACGCUGGGGUGGUAACCCAUUUUAAGGUUCACAAAUUUAGUUGGGUUCCUAACUUUUACUUUCUUUGUUCUCAACACUAUGCUGCCAUCUGAUUAUUGGCAUUUCAGGUGUGAGUCAAUUUUAAGUUUUUGAGAAGAAUAAUGAUAAUCUCGAAUGUUUGAUUAUUACACAAUGAUUAUGUUAUCAACGGUGCUCUGGAAAGAGUAAGACAUAGAUAUAUAUACUUUGUUCAAGUGCAAUCAUUUUCACGUCCUUUCCCGUU